GGGCAGGGCUCAAGGUACGUGAACAUCACGCUGGGCUGGUGGGACAGACGAGGAGUGAGACGAAAGGAAGGUGGGGCAGAAGAGGAGAGAGUGUGCUUAAGUGCUCGUAAGCCUGUGUAUGUGUGUGUGUGUGUGCAUGAAAUCAGACAGAGACAGUGUCCAAGUGCAAGACAGUGAGCCCAGGAAGAGAGAGAGAGAGAGAGAGAGAGAGAGAGAUUCUCUAAGAGGAUGAGGAGUAACAGGGCGAGGCAGCAGCGAGAGGCGCUGAGUGUGUGUGUGUGUGUUUGAGGAAUAGUGUGUGAGCAGAGGGAUGCAAUCAUGUCUCUGUGAGAGGGAGCAGCACAGCAACGGUAACCAUGCUGAGCCCCAAGAUAAAACAGGCACGCCGGGGUAAGCACGGUCCCACCUUUCUUUUCUCCAUCCCUCCUCUGCUCUCCUUCUUUCUUCUGUCUUUCCAUGCUUGUCUCUUCACUCCAUCUCUUUUUUCCCUCCCUUCAGUGCCUCUGCAGAGGUCCAUCUGUCAUGCUGUCUUUGUAAUACUGUAGCAUUAAUAUUGUUGUCAGUGCUUUCAUUGAUAUUGCCAUCAAAAAGGUGCAGCAGCGCCGUGUUAGCACUGAAUCUGUCAUUUUGCAAUCUUGAUUUACUGUUAUCUUCAGUGACCUGACGCUUUUUGCAUGAUCUGAAGUGCUGAGGCUUUUAUCUUCUAUGUCCAAUGCUAGCAGUUAACAGGUCCUACCACAGGGUGAUGUAAUCCUUCCUGUCUCUUGAUUAUACCGUCCACAUUCCCAGAGGAUUUUAUCUUAAUGGAGAUACAGUGAGCUGUAGUAAACAUGGCUGCUGGAGGGAUAAUCCUCCCUCCAACAAUGGUCUGCAACCUGACAAGUUCCCACCUGAGCACAUGACCACAACUCCAUUUAUCCGGCGUUGAUUGGGAUAGUUUUUGGUUGGCGCGGCUUUGAGCAGGUGACAGAAAGAUCAGAGGUGCUGAAAGGAAUGUGGGGCUCUCGACUCGUGUAAAUCACAACAGCUGACCGUCAAACAUAGUUCCUCUAACACAGGAUAAAAUCCACUUGUGACUGCUGAAGUCGGGACGCCACAUAUACAUGCCUCUCACAUGACUGCGUGAGGAUGAAUAAGGAAGCUGUAAAUCACAAGAGAAGCUCCUGGCACCAAGAUUAUCACGAUGCAGAGUAUAGAUGGUCGCUGUGCUCUUCGCAGCAGGUGCUUGCUGUAGACAGCUGACACACACUGUUUCAGGCUGCUCGGGGAGUAGUGACAGUUGCCAACUAAUCACAGAAAAAUGGACUAACAGAGUAUCAACAGAGGAUAAAGGUCUGUUUGGAUCCAAGAUCUCCUUAACUUAAUCUCCCAUUUUUGUGUGAAAAUUGAGAUAGCAGAGCAAAAUACUGUCAUAUAGCGGCUUCAAGGACUCCUUAUUUUGUGGAUGUUUAGGGAGAGUUGUUGUUUCAUUUCUCCCCCGGCAGUCAUUGUCUUAUUCAAAGCCAGAGGCAAAAAGUAAGACCAUAAAGGACGAUGGGAAGGAAAAGUGCCUUUCCUUUCUCCUUAUAAACACAGUUAAGAGAGUGAGGCAGCCUCUUCAGCUUGCUUGCCACGAUUUGUGCGCUUGCCAUCUCUCAUUUGCUGUAAUGGUAUUCUCCUUUGAUUAGAUUCCCAGCUCUGCUCUCCUCUGACCCUUUAAUGCAGCAUCAUUGAAGGCAAACUCAUACAGCAUCACAGAACUGGACCUGCGCUCAAAAGCUUAGCUGCAAGACAAGAAUCCUAAAGCACACGGUCCAAGAGCAUGGUGCUUGGGGAGUUGACUCGGCUCUCCAGACCCUGCUCUCCUCUGGAUCAGGAGAAAGCUCUGAAGGCAGGGUGGCUGAAGAGACAGCGGAGUAUCAUGAAAAACUGGCAGCUGCGUUGGUUUGUGCUGAGGACUGAAGCUCUGUAUUUCUACAAGGACCAGGAUGAAACCAAGGCACAGGGUUGUAUUCCUCUCCAGGGCAGUCAGGUCAAUGAGCUGCCUGCCAAUCAGGACGAACCUGGUCGCCACUUAUUUGAAAUUGUUCCAGGGGGGACUGGAGAAAAGGAUCGGACGGGUAUAAGCCACGAAUCAUUUCUGCUGAUGGCCAACUCUCAGAGUGACAUGGAGGAAUGGGUCAGAGCCAUACGAAGAGUCAUAUGGGCUCCACUCGGAGGAGGUGUGUUUGGGCAGCACUUAGAGGAGACAAUGUUGUACAAAGCCCAGUGUGGCCCUCAGCGACUGGUCCCUGUGCUGGUUGAACAGUGUGUGUGUUUCAUACGUGACCACGGGCUCAAGGAAGAGGGCCUUUUCAGGGCUCCUGGGCAGACCAAUCAUGUUCGAGAGUUGCAGGAUGCGUUUGACCGUGGCGAGAAGCCAGUUUUUGACAGUACCACAGAUGUCCACACAGUGGCAUCGCUGCUAAAGUUGUACAUACGGGAGCUGCCGGAGCCUAUAAUCCCAUUCUCCAAAUACACACAAUUUCUCUCAUGUGCUCAGCUUCUUACCAAGGAUAAAGCAAUGGGUAUCUCAGAGCUAGGCAAACAGGUGAAAUCCCUUCCUCAGGUCAACUACAACCUCCUUAAAUACAUCUGCAAGUUUCUUGAUGAAGUACAGUCUCAUUCCAGUGAGAAUAAGAUGACUGUUCAGAAUCUGGCCACUGUGUUUGGACCCAAUAUCCUUCGGCCCAGGGUGGAGGACCCAGUUACCAUGAUGGAGGGAAGUUCACAGGUGCAGCACUUGAUGACUGUGCUGAUCAGUGAACACACCAAACUUUACCAACAGGAGGAGCCAGAAAGUGAGACCAACAUCCCCCCGCAGCAACAGCAAAGUACUAUUCAACGGUGCAGAGUGGAAUGGGUCUCACAAGAAGACAGUGACCUCCAACCCUCCUCAGAUACAGCCUCCAAAACUCCUAAAGAGAAAGCCCAACCUACCACCCCUUCUACAGACAGUAAACUCACUGCACCAAACCCCAUUACAGUGUCAGAGAAGGGUGAGGACAGUCAGAUUGAAGAAAAGGGCAAAAGUAAGACAGAGGACAAAGUGGAUGGAAAAGCAGAUAGCAAAACUGAAGGAAACGGUGGAAGUGAAGUAGCUGUUAGCCCCAGUAAACAGUCCAAAGCCCAUCCCUCCUGGAGGUGCUCCUUCAAGGGCAGUGCAGCAUCUGGGGGGCCAAGGGGGAAAAUAGGGGGGUCAGCAGGGGAUGUGUCAGCAACUGGUGGGAGCAACUGGCUGAUGAAUGGCUUGUCAUCCCUGCGAGCUCACAGGCGCACCACCUCAUCAGGCGAAAGACUUAAAGACUCGGCUGUUUCUCUGAAGGAUUCAACCCUCUCCCUUAAAGAGACCACUCUUUCACUUCAGGACUCACAGAGAGAUUCUGAUGAAGAUUCUCCUCAAACUUCCCUGUCUCACAGAGCCCUCCACCAAUCGCACAGACUGUCUGCCUAUGACAAUGUUGCCCCUUCCAGUCUAAGCCUGCCUGCUGACACCUCCUCCAUCUGGAUGUCCUUUGAGAUCUCAUUGGCUGAGCCAGAGGGAAGCGAUAAGACAGUAAAAUUAGGGCAUGGUCAAGAGAGACCCACAGAGGUGAUUGACAGUGAAAACACACUGGAUCACAGUGCAAGUGGCACUGACACUGAUCUCACAGGAACAAAUGAAGGCCUCACCAACAUGCUGACUGAGCUCAAGCAGGAGCUGAAGAAACAGAGGACAAGCUACGAAACUUGCAUUCGCAAGUUGGAGGAGUCCUGUUCGAAGUACCAGUCCCGAGUAAAUCGCCUUGAGGAGGAGCUGGACCAGGAGAAGAAGAAAUUUCACAUGCUAGAGAUCCGACUCAGGAACUCAGAGCGGGCCCAUCAAGCUGCAGAGAACCGAAAUGUUCUUCUCCAGCAAGAGAUGGAGGAGUUCUUCAAAACCCUUGGAGAUCUGACCACAGGAGCAACACGGACCAACUAGACCAAACCAACCUGCCUUUAUCUGGUCCAUCCAUGGAGAAGAAGCUCUAUUACUGGGAAGAUUAGCCAGCCCCAAAGCUUUGAAGACCAAAUACCUCUAGUGCAGUACUAUUUGCCAUCGUGUCCUCUUUAGUACAGCCGUCUUGUGCCUCCACUGAACAGUGCCGGUGCCAAACGAGAACUCCUCUGGACCAAGCAGAUUUAACCAUUCCACAAAAUCCCACACUAUUAUACAAGAUAGGUCAUGUAGCUGAUUAUUUAUUGACUAAAUUCCUCUGUAGAAGAGCAGAAAAAGCCUAAUAUGUGAGGUAGUCUUCCCAUACCUGCCCUGUUCAUUCCCCCCUCAGAGCUCUUGACAGAAAGCUUUGACAGUAAAAGAAACAACGAAAGACAUUAAAAUUCAACUCUUUUAUUUGUUGGAGUUGAAGGUAGACAGUUUCCAUUUCUGAUGUGUAUAAUUAGUCUGAUAGUGAGGCAAUUUCAGAUCCAAAAUUCACACAACUGGCCUUACCAAAACACCACAGCGGGUUUUGUGCUGUCAGUGUUUGGUUAAACCAUCAGAGGAUUGCAGCAUCAUCUCAGUAAUGUUAAAUGGCUUUCCUUUCUUUCCUCUAAAUGUACCUGCACUAAAACCAGAUUAGCUCAGAGAAAACUCAUGCGUCUGCUAUUCUAUGUUUUCUAUUUUUGGAGGAGAUGAAGGAGAGGAAAACCACAAAAAGAGGAAGCCACAACAGUCAGUGAAGAUGUGUCCUACAAAGGGUCAGGACGUGUCACAAUCCUCGAGGUGCAUUCUAAGAGCUGAUGCUAGGGGUUACUGCCUGGAGUGCCCAUCCAUGAAAAGGGCAAAAGGACAGGUUGGGAAUUUGACCCAUCAAAUACAUCCAAAGGUUAUCGUGGCAGGUAGCAAAUGCCUGUUUCCUGACUCUCAGAAAACAUACAUACAUCUACAAUAAAAUGUACAGAUCACUCACUGGCUAUACUAAUCUAUGAAUUAUAUUGCACAGAAAAAAACGAAACAAAAUGCAUUUAAAUGGUACUCCUGAAUGAAAUGUACAUUUCAUACAACAGAAGCCUCCUAGCUUGAAAUAAAUAAAUAUAUAAAUAAAUAAAUAACACAAAU